AAGUUAUGCUAAGCUGUGCUGAAAUUAUUUUCAAACUGCGUCAGUUUGCUCGACAGCAAAGCAAAAAAUGCCUGUUUUGCAAUCAACUGAAUAUCAAAGCCAUUCAACUACGUGCGAGUUCUAGUAAGCUGAGCAACAAAGAGCGGAAAAUUUUGCGCAAGAGAAAAGCUCUCGAGAAACAAGCUGCGACGGAAGCGAAGGAGAAGUUAAACUCAACGGUUACUUGGUCAGUUAAUAUGAAAGACUCUCUGGCUGCCGAUGAAAGACUUUCUAAAACCGAAUCUUGCAAAUCUAUUAAAGACCUGAAAGCUGAAAUAAAAGCCACUUAUUCGGAUUUGGGCAAAAAAUAUUCACCAGCUGUUUCUGAACUGGGAUGGGAUAAAUUUAGCAAUGAACUGCUUAACAACAGCAAUCAUUUUCAACCAAAAGUCAAGCAAAGGUCUGAGAAGUUCACAAUGUUGAUGCCCCCUCCGAACGUGACUGGAGACCUACAUAUGGGACAUGCAUUGGAUAUCUCCAUUCAGGAUGCGGUGUCCAGGUACAACUUGAUGUGUGGAAAGAACGUCAGAUGGAUACCAGGGUACGAUCACGCUGGAAUUGCGUCACAAGUUGUGGCGGAGAGAGCGCUGAGCCAAAAUGGCCAGACAAGACAAUCGAUGGGACGAGAAAAGUUUCUUGAUUACAUGGAAACCUUUGCAGAAACUUCAUCAAACAAUAUUCGGCAACAAAUAAAACGAAUCGGUGCUUCUGUAUCAUGGAGCUUCAAUGCCUAUACUAUGAGUUCGAGUUACUCGUUUGCAGUAGCUGAAGCAUUCAGGCUUCUUUUCAAUCAAGGGUUGAUUAAACGAAAACCUGACCUUGUACGUUGGAGUCCUACACUUCAAUCAGUUAUCAGUGAUUCGGAAGUCUUUAUGAAAACAAUCGGACCUGGCAAAAAUUCUUUCACGGAGAUGGGAAAGAACAUUGAAAGCAAAUUGUUCGGGUUGAUGUUUCAUAUUAAGUAUAAAGUCUCUAAUGGCGAGUUUGUAACUGUAGCGACCAGUCGACCCGAAACAAUGUUUGCAGACGUUGCUCUUUGUGUGAAUCCCAACGACUCACGGUACUCAAGUUUGAUUGGCCAAUACGCAAUAAAUCCAGUUGAUAACAGGAAAUUAGUCAUCUAUGCGGAUGAUAAAGUUGCAGUUGAUUUCGGAACUGGUGUCAUGAAAUUAACACCCUCGCAUAAUACAACAGACGACGAAAUUUGCUCGCGUAUUGGAAUUAAAAUGGACCGAGAAUUACGAGAGGGAAUGUAUGAUAACGAGUGUAAAUUGAAUAAGUUAUGCGGGAAGUUUGAAGGUUUGAACAGAUUUGAAGCUCGCGAACAAGUCGUAAACAUGCUUACAGAGGCGAACCAAAUAGAGCAAAUAGAAGAAAGGUCUUCGUUCCUACCUUUUUGUGUUCGCAGCGGCGACUUACUUGAAUUCUUUAAUAAGGAUCAAUGGUUUCUCGAUACAAAUAUCCUACUGAGCAAAUGGAAAAAUGAAAUUUUGGAAGUAGUUUCGGUUGACAAUAGUGGUGCGAUGCAAAAAGCGAUUGAUAAAGAGGCCAGCUUUAACUGGUGUUUGUCUAGACAAAUCUGGUGGGGGCAUCAGGUUCCCGCUUACAAAGUCAUAAUCAAUGACCAAGAAAAAGGCUUUGUGUGUGAGCACAAUGAGUCUCUUGCUAAGAGUGAGGCUGUGACGUCAUACAACUGUCACCCAGAUGACGUCAUGCUGAAGAGAGACAGUGAUGUGCUGGACACGUGGUUCUCAUCCGCCAUAUACCCUCUGGCUGCUCUGAACUGGCCACAUAGAAGUACUAACCAGCUCAUAGGAUCAGGGCGCUACCCUACCGAUCUUCUGGUGACUGGUUUUGAUAUUCUCCACCCAUGGGUCAUGCGCAUGCUCCUCUUGUGCACUGAGCUGACUGAAGGAACUGUACCAUUCAAGAAUGUGUAUCUGCAUGGUCUAGUUUUGGACCCCUUUGGACGCAAAAUGAGCAAGUCACUGGGCAAUGUGAUCGACCCUCUGCAGAUUAUAAACGGAGUUACGGCCAAGGAUUUCAAAGCAAAUAUGAAAGCUAGAAUACAGUCUGGACAAAUGAGCAACUCGGAGAAGGAUUACUUCGGCAAGUUUACAGAGAGUAUCUUCGGGACUUCCGGUUCGAUUCCCGCAUGUGGCGCUGAUACUUUGCGCAUGAUGUUGCUAAGAGGCAACAACAAGAUAGCGUCGCCAAUGAAGUUACAGCUGUCGUCGAUCAAAACUUCGCUCGAGUUUUGCAAUAAGCUCAAAAAUGUCGCCAAUUUUGUCUUCAUGCUAACCAAAGAGUCGAGUCCAUUGAUGCCAUCUCACGACCAUCCGGACAGUUUUCUACCCGAGUUGAUUUCAGCAAUGGACGAGUUUAUUCUCCGAAAGCUAAUUCGGUUGCAGGAAAGCUCAAAUCGCAACUACAAAUCAAUGAACUUCGCUCAACUCAUCGGCGAAUUAGACUUCUUUCUGAGGAAGGAUUUCUCAAAUUCGUAUUUGAUUUAUCUGCAAGCAGCUAGCAAAGAUGCUGAAGUAAAGCAUUCAGCCUACUGCACUGCUAUUUUUGUUUUGAGCCAGUUUAUUAAACUAGCGCAUCCAAUUAUACCAUUUAUUACUGAAAAACUUAACCAGCAGUUAAAAUUUGUGUCUGGAUCAAAAGAUAUUGGGACAAUUAAUUGGAACAGUAUUCUAUGUGAGCCUUUUAUAACCGAUAUUGAUUUAGAAACUAUCUAUCGAUCUGAAUUGAAGGAAAACUGGAUUGAUGAAGAAGGCGAUUUUUUGAACCAACUUGUAAAAGGCGUGACCGAAUUAGUAGACAGUGUUUCAUGCUCUGUGAGUGAACAGAUAGCUUCGAGUGAGAGUGUUUGCCCUUCGAAGUUGCAUGUUUUGGUACCCAGUUACCCCCUGAUUUCAAAGUCGAUUCAAAUUUUCUUCAAAAGGAAACUGCAACUUCAAUUGAAAGGAGUGGAGAUUAUUCUGACAGACGGCACUUCGUUUGAGGCUUUAAAAAUGCUCGAAAAUGAAAAUGACGCUUUGGAAAUUGAAAGCAACCAGCUGAAAUUACUCUGCAAAUUGAUAUAACUAGAUCUAUAUUUGUUAAUUAAACUACAUACGAUAGCGAUCAUAGCAGCGUUGCGAACUCUUUAAAUACAAGGCCAAUAUUGUUUGAUAGAAAAGUUCUAAUUUUCGACAGCUGAUCUGUUGUUUACACUAGCCAGCUUGCGAGCAUUAGUGUAUUAGUACGAACCUUCUUUUUUUUUCUAAU